AUGGCUGGUCGACAUCUCGGCUCACGACGCUUCAGCGAGUUCGUCCAUCUGCAUAAUCAGCUGAAGCACGAAUUCAUCGACUUCGAUUUUCCCAAAUUGCCCAGAAAAUGGCCGUUCUCGUUGUCCGAGCAACAACUCGAUGCCCGCCGACGUGGCCUCGAGUCAUAUUUGGAAAAGAUCUGUGCUAUCCGUGUGAUCGCCGAUUCCGAUGUUAUGCAGGAAUUUUUGAUGGAAGAUCCGUCACCGGAAUGCGCUGCUGCUGACGUUCACAUGCGCAUAUUAUUGCCCGAUGGAAAUCCGUUAUCUUUGAAUAUCAAGCGACAUUGUACAGCGAGAGAAAUGUAUUUGUUAGCCCAGAAACGUCUGAAUAUGUCACCGGAAACGAGCAAAUGCUGUGCGUUGUUCGAAGUGACAGAAUGUGGAUUCGAGCGGAAGCUAGCAGACGAUGAGUGCCCGCACGCGCUCUACAUACAGAAUUAUUCAUCAGCGGCCUCCUCGUGCAUUUUACUGCGAAAGUGGAUAUUCUCUAUCGACAGGGAAAUCGAACUCUGCAAACGCGACAGGUUAUUCAAGGAAUAUUGCUUCUGGCAAGCAGUUGCAGAUGUGAACAGCGGUCUCAUAUCGGCCAAAGAGAAAAUGUACCAGCUCAAGGCAUUGCAGAGUAUCGAAAGAGCUGAUAAGUAUCUGUGUAUGGUGCGCGUGAUGGAUGGCUAUAAUCGGAUUGUUUUCCCACACUGUGGCUGUGACAGUCGCAAAGUGGGUGAUGUUGUGUUGGCUGUGUCAUUCUCUCAGCUUACCAUAAGAGCAUGCGAUUCCGAGGGCAAUUUGCAGGAGGACGAGCUUUUUUUCGAUUGGUCGGAUGUUUUACAAUACAAAAUUGUGGACGAUGGUACUGCAUUUAUGUUCGAGUACUCGCGGCCGUCCAAAAAGCCCAAAACAGUGAAAUUCAAUACUCCUUUUGUAAGCGCUUCUCUUGGUGAAUACAUAUGA